AUGGCUGUCGAGCUAGGAAGCAAAAGCGGACCGGCCAAAGGAUACGUUGAGGCGUUGGAGCAUCGCUUGGCUUCCACAGAAAAUGCUCUACUACGGAUGUGUCUAGUGGCAGACGAAAGACUAUUAGAGGAAGCAUUUCGCAGAGACAUCGGGAACCAUGAAAAUCAUGCGCCAUUCACCAGCGCCACCAGCACUCCCCGGCGGGCCGAGGUGAAAAAGGCAACCGAGUCCAUUGCUCUGUGGGAAAGCCUCCCGCUGAACACGGCGGAAGACCUCAGGCAGUGGGCGACGUCGUCUUGGGGACCAUCAGUGAUCAAGGAGACGUCAGCAAGGAAUGGUGGUGAGAUAUCAGAGGAAGACACAGCACUACAAAUCAAGAGUCUGCCAUCUGCCACCCCAGCACAGCACUUUGGAGCGGCAGCCCAAGGCCGCUCGAAUAUGGCUCAGCCGGCCCAAAUCGAGCCGCAUGCGUUAUUGGCCCCCGUUGCAGCGACUAGACAGCCCGGUAGAGACAGAAACUCGAUUCGUGUUGCUUUAACUGAAGAGUUUAAGCGCCAGUAUCUAUGGUAG